AAAGAUGCAGUGGACGCCAGAGCAUGCGCAGUGGGCCGAGCAACAUUUCGACAUCUCAUCCACCACACGUUCCCCCGCACAUAAAGCAGAGGCGUAUCGUGGACACCUGCAGCGGACCUAUCAGUAUGCCUGGGCCAAUGACGAUAUAUCCGCUUUGACGGCCUCCAACCUUCUGAAAAAGUACGCAGAGAAGUAUUCUGGUAUCCUGGAGGGUCCCAGUGAGCGGGCGCUCCUCUGCUCAUACUCAGAGAGUGCCCAUGGACUCCUGAAUGGACGCAAGUCGGAGAGCGAAGCAUGGCAGGAGGGGAUCUACCCAAUGAGCUGUGCCGCAGAUGUGAUUUCUGCUAGUAAGACUGGCAUGACGCCCGCCCUGCCUCCUCCAGAUGUGACGGCAAGUGUUGGCAGCUCCACGGGAGUGAGCGAGUCCAGCUACUCCAGCAGUAAUUGUGGGAAUCAUGCGUCUACUGCACUCCACUCGGGUAUCCCCUCUCAGGAAUUCGCUAGCAGUUACAAUGGCUCGUACUUGCAUUCCACUUACAGCGGCGGGCAAAGCACACCAGCUCUCCCGUCCCCACAUCCCUCACCUUUGCACAGCGCUGGGCUCCUUCAGCCUCCACCCCCGCCACCUCCAACCCUGGUGCCCAGCUACAACGCAAGUUCCCCCAAUCUGUCCAGUUACAAUUACCCUCCAGCAGGGUAUCCCCCACAGACUGCUGUUCCCCCAGGCUACAGCCCAGGAGGAGCACCCCCUCCAUCAGCUUACUUGCCCUCAGGCAUUGCUGCCCCCACUCCCCUACCUCCUUCCACCCUUCCCGGUUACUCCUACCAGUCCCACAACCAUGGGCCAAUUGCACCAACCCCUUUGAAUGGCAGCUCGGCUAACACACUGAAAAGAAAAGCAUUUUACAUGACGGGCCAGGGAGAUAUGGACUCCAGUUAUGGAAAUUUCAACUACAGCCAGCAGCGUUCUUCUCAAAGCCCCAUGUACAGAAUGCCAGACAACAGUCUUGUGGACUCAACCAGAGGGAAUGGAUUUGACAGGAAUGCUGACACGUCAUCUUUGGCGUUUAAGCCCACAAAGCAGUCAAUGCCACCGGAUCAGCAGCGAAAGUUUGGCAGUCAGUCCGGCAGGGCGCUAACCCCUCCUUCAUACGGAUCCUCCAAAGGCUCCUUGGGAUCCCUGCGGUCAGGCGAGUCAUUUGGAAAGUUUGGUUCCCCCGUUUUGAGUGACCAUGGUGACGACAGCAGACAGCAUCUCCCCCAUUCCAUGGGCACGACAACUUCAUCCAGCCACCCUGCUGAGGAGCAGUUAAAAAACAGCGAUGCUAGUCUGGUAGAGAUGGUCACCACUGAGAUUCUGCAGCAGACGCCCCCUGUGGACUGGAGUGACAUUGCUGGACUGGAGAUGGCGAAAGCCACCAUCAAAGAUGAGGUCCUGUGGCCUAUUCUGAGGCCAGACAUGUUCAGCGGACUGGCCCCAUUACCUCGCAGCAUCCUUCUCUUUGGACCUCAGGGCACGGGUCGGACUCUUCUAGGUCGGUGUAUGGCCAGUCAGCUUGGCGCUACUUUCCUCCUGCUUAGUGGCUCUGCACUGGUCACAAAGUGGCUGGGAGAGGGCGAGAAGAUCGUCCAGGCCUCAUUCCUUGUCGCUCGCUGCCGGCAGCCUUCGGUGGUCUUCAUCAGCGACGUAGAUCUGCUGUUGUCCGCCCAGUUGAGCGAAGAAAGCCCGGUGAACCGAAUCAAGAGCGAACUCCUCCUCCAGCUUGAUGGAGUUCUAAGCUCACCAGAGGAACAUGUUCUAGUGGUGUGUUCCACCAGCAAACCUGAAGAGAUUGACGAGUCUCUGCGAAGGUACUUUGUCAAGCGGUUGCUCGUCCCCUUACCGGAUGCCACUGCGCGACAUCAGAUAAUCAGCCAGCUGAUCUCACAGCACAACUACUGCCUCAGCGACAAAGAGGUUGCCCUGCUUGUUCAGCGGACAGACGGCUUUUCCGGGCUGGAUGUGGUCCGACUUUGCCAAGAGGCCAUGGUCGGUCCUCUCCACGGCUUGUCCGGUGCAGACAUUUCCGGAAUGAUGCCGGGUCAGAUGAGGCCGGUAUCAUACCAAGACUUUGAGAAUGUGUUUUGCAAAAUCCAGCCCAGCAUAUCACAGAAAGAACUUGAUACAUACACUGAAUGGAAUAAGAUGUUUGGCUGUAGUCAGUAAAGACAAGAGCGAGGGCAUAACUAAAUCGGUGGGGUGACCUCCCCUACUCUAAAAGGGGAUACAAUUCAGAAUUCUUUGGGUGACACAUGCAGUUAAACAGUGUGGUUAUUACAAAUGUAGAUGACCCCUAAAGAAGAACCUGAAGGACGGUCAGAUAGAGUUGAAUGAUGCAUGACUGUACUUAAGUCAAGGUCUGGCCCUUUGCACAUAAUCCAGACAGAGAAAUACUGUUUUCUGGGCUCAGUACUGCAGACGCAGAGCUCCACUUACCGAGGGGGCUCUGUAAGUGAGGACAAACUUCUUUGUGUGUAAAUAUCAUUCUGCUGUUUUUGAGAUUAUGUUGCUAUGAAGUGCCUGAAGUGGUACUUUAUUGAUUUGGAUUUGGAUUUGUUUGCCUCACCAUCUCAUUGGUGGCAUGUGCUAAUAUAGAGAGCUUUAACAUGAAACUAAAACAGAUAUGUUCUGCUUUUUGUUCUUUUCAACACUUCUUUCAAAAGAACAACAGUAUUCCUCAAUCAAGUCUGACCUGUAGACCCCUGGAAGGGCAGGAGAAGGUCCAUGUUGUACUUUGAAUCUGGAUCCUAAUUUAUGAAAUUCAUUUGUGUUAGAUUUUCUUCAAAAACUCAGGAAAGUGAUUUGUGAUUUGUACAGUACCUCAAAAAAGAUUAUGAGAUAGCACUACAUACUGCUGACAACAUUGGGUUUGGUUUCUAAUUUCUAACUCUAGGUUUACCUCAACCAAUUAAAAAAUGAAAAGGAUAUGACUAUGAAUGUAACCAGAACGUUUCUGGGUUGUUUGGAAGAAAAAUUUGAGGAGUUUCUUUUUCUUCCGUUAUAUUCUUAUUGUUCUUACUAAAUUCCUUUGCGGAUAUUUCUUCAAGUUUCGAAGGCAGAAUUGCUCCCUGCAUAGCACAGUUCAGACUCUACAAUGAACGUUUGAGUCCGAGAUGGGCGGUGUCUUCUUGUGUAGAUAAGGUUUGUCUGAAACCACGAGUAUGCAGUAGACGUCAACAUUUGCGUGUUUGUCUCCUCUCUGCAGAAUAGACAGAAACGUUGGGGUGAACCAAAACUUUACAAAGAGGCUACUAGAUUCUUGAAGUGGAAACAUUUUCACGUUUUUCGUAACGCGUUUCAUUUUUGUUUCGGACUCUGUCCUGCUGCUGUGUGGUGUUGGUGUAAAGAUAUCUGAAGGAUCAUGUGUACCCCGCAUUCUGUUCUACCUCAGUUUAGCACUAUUUUCUCUGCAACUAGAACAGAAAGAUGAGAGCUUGGUGUCUUUAACCUCUUUAGGUUUGCUCCACUCUGAAGCCUCCAUAAAGAACAAGCUGCCUUUUUGCCCCCCCCAAAAAAAGAUUUGUGUCUCACUACCUGUGCAAUUUUUUGCUUAGAGUGCCCAGUUGUCUCUAAAAACACUUAUUGAUGGGGUCUCUAUGGGGCCACGUUACCUAAAGCCAGAAACAUAUUCUACGCAGGUACGCAAGCACUUCUAGUUAGAAGACUUUAAGCAUUGUUGCAUUACGAAAAGCGUCAGAUCGCAAUUUAUAACGCAAUGCAAGCAGGCUAAAGCAGGCAUUACUAUUUUGUUUAUACAUUGAGUUUUCUUUUUCAGGUCAACUACUAUUAUAGCAAAGCAACCGUUUAUUUAUUAGCAAGUCCACCCAGUUUAACGGCACAGACAUUUAAAAGAAACUAUCGCCCCCUUGAGUAUGGAGGUUUGCUAUAACCACAAUAUUACAUACAACAGGACCAUGCUUUGGCUAAGCGUUGCCAUUUGUGCACUUGCUUACAGUAUGCUUUUGGCUCAAGGUAGCACAGGAUGUUGGUAACCAUAAGACGAAACCUUGUGUUUGAAUGUAUUUUUUUGAUGUUUACUUUCUCUGAUCAUUUGAGUCAGCUUUUUUCUUUUGUCUAGCACUAGAGAGUUGGUGAAGCAAUGUGUUCCCUCUGUCAAUUUUCUCUGCCUUUAUAUCAUAUGUCUCAAAUGUUGGGGAGAAAGCACACUCUGUUUUGACUUUUUUUUUUUUUUUUUGGUCCACUGCAGUGUAAUUUGACACCAUUUAAAGGUGCUUAUUUAGCGGUUGGAGGCACCAAACCUCCAAUACAUGUGUGUAUAUAUAUGACAUAUCGUUGAAGAAAUAUCUGUUUGCUUUUUUGACAGACAUCCAGAUAGUCUUUUCAGUAGCUGUGAGACACCACUUACUUCACAAUGUUCGUAAAGUGAUAUGUACGCCCAAAGGACUACGAUUUCUAGCCUUGUUUUGUCGUCUGAAGUGGAAGCCUUUUUUUUUUCUUUAGGGGUAUUUUCAUUCUUUCUUGUUUUUGUUUUGUGUUGUUUUGAAGAAAAAGUUACUAUGUGCAAUUUGUCAAAUGCACUUUUAAUGUUUUGUGUUAAAGCCGAUCAUACUUAAUUGUCCUCCUUCAAAACCAAAGCGAACAAAACUAUUUAAGAUCCACAACUCUAAGAUCAAAUAUUCAGAUCCAUAAGAUCUGAAUUCAUCCACACAUUUACACGUUUGGAGAAAUUUGUAUGGAACUUCGCAUAGGUUAAACCUGUGAUAUCCUCAAAGUAUUGCUCUGUUUUGUUGAAAAUGAUCGUACUCUGGAUUUCAAAGCCAAAUAGCACUGAUAAACAAAACCCACAUUAACCCUGAAGAGGAAUGAUCUUAUAGUGCUACUGCUGGCGGUGUUGUCAGGGUUGGGGCUAACGCUAAUGUUUGAAGCUUGAAACAAAACUGAUUUAUUUUUGAAAGCUCUUUAUAAUUGGUUAAAGGAAUGUUACCGACAGCAUUGGUGUAUGACUCGUCACUUGUUUUCUAUUUUAUUAUUGUUUUUAAACACCAGAUCACAUUUAAAAGUGCAGUGGGCCAAUUAUUAAAAUACGUUUAUUUUUAUUAUAGCCAGAAGUCUUUACAUGUUACCGUAGCGUGAUUAAAACUUUUUGCAUCCAAUUUUUCAACUUCAGUGAAAAUGUACAGUAAAGCUGGUAACUUUACUCCCAAAAGUUGUGAUAAUCAAGCAUUAAUCCACUACUUUUAAUACAGCAAGUUAAUUCAUGCGAUUGCUGUAAUAAAAAAGCUUUUAAACCCUCCAAAAACUCAUUACCUGUUUACUUCCAUUGAAAAUGUUGCUGUAACUUUUACUGUAAAUUUGAAAAGUGAGGGAUUAGUCCAAAUUAUAUUCUGAGGUAAUCAAUAUUAUGCCACAAAUGCUGUCGAUAGAGCUUAGCUUGUAUUGAACCGGAACAUUCCUUUAAUUGAUUGCAAAAUAGAAAGAAAUGUGGGAACAUCCAAAAAGUACAAUAUGUUUUAAAGCACAUCUCCUAUGUAUAUAUAAAUCAAAAUAUCACUCGAUUUUAGUUUCUUUGUGUUGGUUUGCUUUUAUAAAUGUUUCUUUCACCGAUAUGUAACUGUCAUCAGUGUUUGUUUUUCAACCAUGAUUCUUUAUGACCAUUUCUACCUCAUUGCUACAUAUUGACAUGUAGUACCUAUGUUCUGUCUUUUUUUGAAUGUCACACAUUUGUAUAAAAGAAAAUAAAAAAGAAAGAAAAACGUAUAAAAAAUGUAAAAGAACAAAAAAAAAUCAAUAACUAAAAAAAGGCUUGUUCGCAGUCUACCUCAGAAAGACUGUCUGUCCGUACACUGAGCAGUGGAGUAGCUGCACAUACUGAAAAGACACGCAUUAGGCAGAGACGAUGCACACUGACCACAUGAACUCGGACCAUUCGUUACGCCGCCGUGAUCGGGGAUAUUGUGGACUGUAUAGGUCUUCUCCAAGGUUUUCAAUUGAAGUAAAUCGCUUUCCCCCCCCACCUUGUGAAUUGUAGUGUGCAUGUGGAUGUGUGUGCACUUAUUAUGAAGUGUGUAAGUGUGCAUUUUUAUAUAUGAAAAUUCGAUAUGAAAUGUAGGUACAUUUCAUAUACCAUAUUUGUACAUUAGAUACACUUGCACAUUUGUGUACUUAAUGUACAUUUGUUAUUAGUAUAACAUUUUGAAACGCACCACAUACAUGUUAAUAUGUGUGUGUAUGUACAAAAUUGCCAUAAUUACAUUCAACGUAAAUGUAUUUUCAUGUAUGCAUAGGGGCAAAGGACAAUAAAAGAUCAUUCAAAUGCUUUUGAAACGUCGUGUUUUCUUUUUCUUUUCUGUUGCUUUCCUCGUGCAUCACAAUUUUAGACUUCACCGUGAACUGUAAAUCUGUUUUGAAAUGGUUCAUUGAAAGAUGUGUUUGAGAGACCUAUACACUGCACAAUAUAUCAAAGUAUUUUUUUUUCUUUUGUUUAACGAGAGCUUCUACGAUGAAAUGACAUUUUAACAGGGCACCAGUUUAGACAUCCAAUCAGAUCGCAUUCAUUUUUGCAUUUAUUUAUGGUUUUCUUUCUUCUUCAUUGUGUGAAUGUGCAAAUGUAUAAAUGCUAAUGGAUUUUUCAGGUGCCAGCCUGUCUAAUCUAAUAUCUGUUCAAAACUGUUAACCCCCUUAAAUGGGAGGAAAUUUGAAUAUUUCACUCUUAAUGAGCUGUAAAUCCAGCUUGAAUUAUUUGAUAAUUUCCAGAUUUCAGAUGUUUUUCUGUAAAGUUUGCACUGUGGAACGUGCUGUAUGAAUAAAAUGUGCUUUCUAUAACAAUGUAAAGCUAUGGUAGGCAAUGUUUUUCCAAAACAAAACAUUGAAACUCCUCACAUCCUGAUGGUAAUUGUAAAAAUGGUCUAAAUAAAUAUUCAAUAAUGUAUACCUUCUGUUAUAAGUCUCAAGACCAAAAAUUGUCCAGUUGCGUUCAGAUUGAUUUCAAUGUUCGUGGUUCUGCAGAGUUGUACAAACAAACAGCAGCUGCCUUCUACAGCUUCUCCUGAACCAAAACCACGAGCUUGCUGCAUUCACGCCAUGUCAUUUUCUACUCGGAGCGGUUCACGUCCUCAGACUCGGGCUGCAUCCCAAAUCGCGUACUAUGUGAGUAGGUACUAUAUUUAAAUAAGAACGUGCUUCGCGACCGUUAAAAAAGUACGUUCUAUGAUUACGGGGAGUAUGAAUGAGUUCGGACGUACUACAUGCGCCAUGUUGUUGUCGCGUGACAUACGCUGUCCCAACAGUGCGAAAAUUUAAAGAGCCCAUUCCAGUGACUGCACCAACUUCGCGCUGUUUUUAGUUCUGCUGUCUGUCUUCAUCUCCGAGCCGACAAUCGAGAGGAGCUGCUCGCGGAUCACGCCUUUUGCGGAGUUUCUCAAAUAACAUUUACCUAAUACAUUUUACCUCAUAAAACAACCCUAUGAACAAUGACAGAUGUUAAUUUGUGGCAAGGAAAAAGCCAUUUAUUUGCUUGUGAUAUUACCAUCGAUAAAUAAACAUGAAUGAAUCAAUAGAGAUAUGUCUGUCUGUGUUCAUCUCCUAACUUUACAGCCGCGUCUCCGGUUUCCGCCAUUUUCAAAUAUAACGACAACAACUCUCUCCCGUGGCAUCAUGGGAUAGUAAAAUGUCCAUCGUAUGCGCACUUCAGAAUCUCGCCGGAAGUAGUAGGUCAUCCGGGUACUUUUCGCCUGCUGUUUUUCGAAUUCUAUGAUUUCGGACAUACUCUGCUCGCGUAGCUACUGUUUUUCGCAUACUAUAUAGUAGGGAAGUAUUUGAUUUCGGAAGCAGCUUCAGAGUUUAAUAUUGCAAGAGAAACGUAUCUCUAUAAGUCUGAAUCUGAGGAACGGCUCGAAUUAGCAUCUCUUAUUCACAGUAUUUAUGUGAUUAUCAAAGCUAGCUUACUAUUGCUAGCCUCUCUGAAAUCGCCUACCUUACCUUUAAAUCUUUAUUUUUAAGCCUGUUUGCAAUACCAGUAUGUCCAUUUCGAUUUUUUGGCUUAAAAGUGUACAUAUACUAUGUAAACGUUUUGAGAUAGGGCCUUUGAGUGAUGUAGGCAUUUAAUUGAUUUGUUUUAAUUGAUAAAUCUCGUUUUCACUACAUUUACUUGUAGCCCUACAGCUACUUGUCAAUCUAUCGAUGACUCAUUGUAUUGCCCAGCGCUAGCACUGCGGAUGCUUUAUUAUUUGGUGAAGUUUUUACACUGCAACCCAUUUAAAAGGCCGAGUACUUUUGCAUUAAACAAAACUAAAGCUUUUAAAGCCCAAUACCUGGAGUUUAAGCGGCACGUUUCCAGAGUCUACCCAGUAAUUACGCUUCUGAAAGAUGACCAUUAGCAUCUGUUUCCAAAACCAUUUGCUGCAUUUCUUAAAUACAGUUUCCAUUGUUUGUGAUAUUUCAUUAUUCUUCAUUUCGAAUAAGACAUUCCAUUAAUGCCCUGGAUUUUUUUUUUUUUUUUUGAUGGCGUAAUUAUGUAUUUGGAUGGUCUAUGCGUGGGAAGCUGCAGUGCAAUUAACAUUGGGAAGUUGGUGCAUUUGGUGCCCAUGGCUGUUUCAUCUGUAAAGAGCUGUGUGUCAUUUCCAUGGCUGUACAUGUUCAAAUACUCUCUCUUAAUGGAUGCAACUCAACAGGGUCCUCCAGAAACACAGGGAACGCGCUCGGGCCAAAUCACAACGAGGGGACGAUGAGAUGUACUUUUUAUUGGGCCGUCUCGUGUUCAUAUUUGUAAUUUAUGUCUUAAAUGGAGAAAGAAGGCGAGCGGACCUCAAACACACAAUGCUGGAGACACAUGCGGUGUGUGUUUAUAACGUGGGAAGAUAAAUGCUCGCAAACGCCUUCAGAAUCUGACAUUAAAUGGGAGACGCGUUGUAAUUUCUUUCUCAUUUGAUUGUACAUUUCCUUUUUAUCUCAAAUACCUGGAAGGUUGCCUCAGUGUUCAUUAAAAUGCAAUUAAUUCUGCAACUGUGCUGUU